AGAAAACAUGUGCGCGUGAUUUUCGUCGGAUGAGUUGUGCGGGUGGUGCGUGAAAUUCAAACCGUUUUCGUGACGAUUUCGUGAACAUUAAAAACUGAUUUUGUGCAAGUACUGUGAAGGAAUCCGUCGUCAGAAUGUCGUCCAAAGACGAGGAACGUAUGGAAGUGGCCGAGGACCAGAACAUCGAGGAUGCCAUCAUAGCCGGCGAGAGCGAUGGCGAUGACGAUGACAACGAGCAGGAGGACGAUGCCAUGGAGAAUGAAGCGAAUGGCCAGGUUUAUUUGCCCGGUAGGAAGCUGAACAACGACGAGGAGUUGGUUUGCGAUGAGUCGGCGUACGUUAUGCUUCACCAGGCACAUACCGGUGCGCCGUGUUUGAGCUUCGAUCUGAUUUCGGAUCCUCUGGGAGAUGAUCGGGAAACGUUCCCACUGACGGCAUUUAUGGUGGCUGGAACCCAGGCUGCUAGGACACACGUCAACAGCGUGAUCGUGAUGAAGAUGUCCAACCUGCAUAGAACAUCGAAGGAGCGGAAAAACGACGAUGAUGGGGAUGAUUCGGACUCGGAGUUGAGCGACGAUGAAGAUGAGCAUGAGGAUAAGCGACCGCACAUGAACUGCGCGCUGAUUAAACACGCCGGAUGUGUGAACCGGAUUCGCGCUACAACGUUCAAUAACACGCACUAUGUGGCCACCUGGAGCGAAAUGGGACGGGUUAACAUUUACAACAUCAACGAUCAGCUGGCUGCCGUGGACGAUGAGCAGGCCUGUAAGACAUACGAAAACAACAAGGUCGGGGACGGAGUGAAGCCGGAUUUCACCUUUUCCGGUCACCAGAAGGAAGGGUUCGCCAUUGAUUGGUGUACCACGACUCGUGGAAUGUUAGCGACCGGGGACUGUCGCCGAGAUAUUCACAUUUGGCGCCCGAACGAUAAGGGAUCCUGGACCGUGGAUCAGCGGCCACUGAUUGGGCAUACGGAUUCGGUGGAGGAUAUACAGUGGAGCCCGAACGAAGCUAAUGUGCUGGCGACUUGCUCGGUUGACAAAUCGAUUCGCAUUUGGGAUUGUCGGGCGGCACCUUCCAAGGCCUGUAUGCUGACGGCGGACAAUGCUCACGAAAGUGACGUCAACGUGAUCAGUUGGAACAGGAACGAACCGCUGAUAGCUAGUGGUGGCGACGACGGUUUCUUCCACAUCUGGGACCUACGUAACUUCAAGUCGAAAUCCACCGUGGCCACGUUCAAGCACCACACCAACCACAUUACCACCAUCGAGUGGCACCCGAAGGAAUCGACCAUCCUGGCUACCGGAGGCGACGACGAUCAGAUCGCCCUGUGGGACCUUUCGGUGGAACGCGACGACGAAGAGGAACGGGUCGACCCACAGCUCAAGGACCUACCGCCGCAGUUGCUGUUCAUCCACCAGGGCCAAACGGAAAUCAAGGAACUGCACUGGCAUCCGCAGCUGAAGGGCGUUCUGUUUUCGACGGCCCACAGCGGUUUCAACGUGUUCCGAACGAUCAGUGUAUAAUAGAGUAGGUCAGUGGCAAGGAGAUUCUUUUCUCUGUUCUCCGGAUGGAUGAUGGCCAUGUCCCGUUUGUGUAACAUUUAAUAUGAAUCAAAAAUAAAAGUUAUCAAAGGAA